AACACAGUUUCAUUGUUAGUUUUCUCUUUCUUUUCAUUUCUUAAAAGAGGGAUAGUGUAAAUAUGUAAUGUAUAACAUUUUUAUAACAUAAACAUAACCUAAGAAAAUCGUGGUUACCGAAAUGAAAUCAUCUUUUGUUUAAAAAUUAAUAUAAUGUAUAAGAAAAAGUGGAAGAAUUUAAAAAAACUUGAUAACAAUAGCUAUGAACUUGAACCAGAAACAAUUAGAAGGACACAAUGCUCGUUAAAAACUAAUUUUUCGCAUAUGGCAUUUGAUUGGAAUGAAGAACGUUUUAUUGUAAUUGAUACAGCAGGAUAUUUAUAUUAUAUCGAUCUACUGAAUAGUUGUCCUUCCUAUCAAAAAUUGGGAAAUAUUGGACGAGCAACAUUUGUGGCAUUUAAUCCCAUAAAUAAGCUUGAAAUAUUGGUUGGUCUUGCUACAGCUGACAUCAAAAUAUUGAGACUAAACAGAGAUGUUUCUCAAUUUUGCUUAUUAAUUGCUCAUAAAAUACCACCAAUAUAUGUGUCGUUUUACAAAAACUAUUGUUUGACUUCUUCGUGUAAAGAAGCUAUAAUAUGGUGUUUAUACUCUUGUAGUAAAACUCGACAAUUAAAAGCUUGCUCAAGAAAUUUUAUGAUAAAAAAGGCAAGUUUUUCAAACUUAGGGCAUAUUGUUAUUCUAUACUGUAAUGAUAUUUUUCAAGUAUGGAAUUUCAAUCAAUUGGAAAAUAAUAUCAAAGUUGAUGCAAAGCUAUUUGGAAUACGAAAUAUUAAAGACUUUGUUUUUACACAAAAUGGGAGAGCAAUGAUUAUAGCUAAUGCUCAAAAUAAAGUUGUCAUUCUGAAUACAUAUAACUGGAAUUUAAUGAAAACACUGAAUUUACCAGAAAAUUUUAUUGGAGUGAAAUGCUUAUUACUUGUACCAUCACCUUUGGAUGGUGGAGCAAACAGUAUAAUGGCAUAUAUUUCAUCAAGCUGUAAUCUUUAUUUCUUUGACUUAAACCAAUCCUGUAUCAUCGAUAUUCUACAGCCUAUUAAAUCGAUAAAAAAGAUUGCUGUUUCUCCCAUUGGUAGUUACAUAGCAUACAUAGAAAAGGAAGGUCAUCUUAAAUUAAUAAUCUGCGAGAAACUAUUUUCAAGAAAAUGUGAAUCUUUGCAAAAAUUAACAGAACCAUGUAAACCACUUGCUCAUGGAAUACAUGAUCACUUACAAUGUGUUAGGAAGAAUAUUAAACAUGAAUUACGUAUAGAAAGAUUAAUGCUCAUUUUAAAAGAAUUUGGAGAAUAUCCUGAAAAAUAUCGUACAUUAAUAUGGUCAACUAUUUUAGAUUUGCCAGCUAAUAAAACUGCAUACAAUGCCUUGGCUAAUAAAGCUGCUAGUACAAAUUUUACUUCAGAUAUUUUGAAGAAUUAUCCAUUAGCUAGUAGAAGUAAACAAAUGUUAUUAAUGACAACAGUUCAUUAUUUAAUACAAUGGUGUCCUUUAUUAAUACAAUGUUCAUUUUUACCAAACUUAGUUUUCCCGUUUGUUAUGGUCUUUCAGAAAGAUCUAUUACUUGGUUUUGAAUUAAUUAUAAGUAUAUUAUUAAACUAUUGUCAAAAAUGGUUUGAAUAUCAUCCUUUACCACCAUUAAAUGUGUUAGGUAUAAUAGAAAAUAUUCUUUUACAAGCAGAUCCAUCUUUGCUGAAUGUUUUUUGUGAACAAGGAAUAACAUCUAGUGAAUAUGCAUGGCCUCUUCUAAAGACUGCAAUGAGUGAAGUCUUAUCUGGCCCUGAAUGGUUAAUUUUAUGGGACAAUCUAAUAUCCUUUAAAAAACCUUCACUUUUAUUGAUAAGUAUUGUGGCAUAUAGUAUAUGCUCCCGUGAAAUUAUCAUUUCCUCAUUACAAACACAAGAAAGUAUUAAAAAGUAUUUUACUAAACAAGGUCAUGUUGGAGCACAAGAAUUGCUAAAAGUUGCUCAACAGCUUGAUAAUAAUUUACCAUUAAGAAUACAUCCUAACCAUUAUCUCAGGAAUGAAAUAAUUACAUUAUCAUCCAAGGGGAUAUAUCCAUCUAUUGUGUCACAUGAUUUUCCGAAAUUUUUAACAGACAAAAUAUCUAUUUUUGAAUUAGAAAAGUUGAAGAAAAAAAGAACUAUGCGUGAACACAAACAAAAAGCUAUAGAAAUUACAGAAACGAAUAGACUAAAACAUGAAACAAAAUAUUUUAUGGAUCAAGUCAACGAAAUAAGAUUAAAUGAGGCACAGAAGUGUUUCAAAGAACAAUUAUUUGAUUGGGAAAGAAGAACAGCUGAACCAGAACCAGCAAAAACAUGCAAAGUUAGUCGCGAACGAAUUUGUGAUCAAUUUUAUGAUACCUUACAUUUAGAUUUAGGUAUUACAAGUGAUAAAGAUAUUCUAGAUUUGAAAAACAAAAAAACAAAACGACUACAAAAAGAUGUAGAUGACUUGGAAUAUGAAGUACAAAGUUUUUUAAAUUCAUUAAGAUCUCAAAAAUCAAAAAUAAUUAAUAGUUAAUGUCAUUUAUAUAUUAUAGAAUUGUUAAAAUAGCAUACAAUUACAGAA